CAUUUCAUAACAGAAAAAAAUUGCUUCUUCUUCUUCGUUUGUUGGUUUGCUGAUUCCUUUUGAAGAAUUCAACCACCUGCAACCGCUGACCUAGUUCCCAAUCCAGACGACUUUUCUCGUAAUUGAUGAUUGUAAUUUAUAUUUCGAUAAAUUCCACUCGAGAAACCCUCACAGUUUCUCUCUCUAAUUAAAAUCCCCAAUUUUUUCUACCGAUUCGAAUUUCCGAUUUAAUUUCUAGGGUUUUGAGUUCAUUUAGGUCAGCAGAUAUGGGGAUGUGCUUUAGCCAUCAGAGAAACGGGAAACCGAAAGCCGCCGCCAACGGGGAGCACCCCUCGUCGGCGAACGGCGGCGGCGGCCAGCAAAACCUAAUUCAGUACACAAUGUCACCUGGAUACGCAGCUCAAUUGCCGCACGUAAUCGCUCCGGGGAGUCCGUUGCCGCCGGUCCACAAGGCGAACACGAUCCUCGGGAAGCCGUACGAGGACAUCAAAAUCCACUACACGCUCGGGCGGGAGCUCGGCCGCGGGCAAUUCGGCGUCACCCACCUCUGCACUGACAUCGCCACCGGCCAGGAGUACGCCUGCAAGUCGAUUUCGAAGAAGAAGCUUGUGACGAGGAGCGAUAAGGAGGAUAUGAGGAGGGAGAUUCAGCUGAUGCAGCACUUGAGCGGUCAGCCGAAUAUUGUGGAGUUUAAGGGCGCGUAUGAGGAUAAGCAUUCCGUGCAUCUCGUGAUGGAGCUGUGCGCCGGCGGGGAGCUGUUUGACCGGAUAAUUGCAAAGGGGCAGUACAGCGAGAAGGCGGCGGCGGCGAUGUGCCGGAGCAUAGUCAACGUUGUUCACAUUUGCCACUUUAUGGGCGUGAUUCACCGUGAUCUCAAGCCUGAGAAUUUUUUGUUGUCGGACAAGAGUGAACACGCUCUCCUCAAAGCAACUGAUUUCGGAUUAUCAGUUUUCAUCGAAGAAGGGAAGGUAUACAAGGAUGUAGUUGGCAGUGCUUAUUAUGUUGCUCCUGAAGUUUUGCGUCGGAAAUACGGAAAGGAGGUUGAUAUUUGGAGUGCUGGAGUCAUGCUGUACAUAUUACUCAGCGGUGUACCUCCUUUUUGGGCCGAGAAUGAGCGAGGAAUAUUUGAUGCUGUAUUAAAAGGACAUGUGGAUUUCGAGAGUGAACCUUGGCCAUCGAUAUCAGAUAGUGCUAAGGACAUUGUGUCUAAAAUGCUUACGCAGGACCCAAAGAAACGUAUUACAGCUGCCGAAGUUCUUGAGCAUCCGUGGAUUAAAGGGGGUGAAGCAUCUGAUAAACCGAUAGACAGCGCAGUUCUCUCUAGGAUGAAGCAAUUCCGAGCAAUGAACAAGCUUAAAAAACUUGCGCUCAAGGUAAUAGCAGAAAAUCUAUCGAAAGAAGAAAUUCAAGGGCUGAAAGCAAUGUUUACAAACAUGGAUACCGACAAAAGUGGCACCAUUACUUACGAAGAACUUAAAGAUGGUUUGGCUAGGCUUGGAUCUAAACUCUCCGAGACUGAAGCUGACGUGGAUGGAGAUGGGACAAUAGACUACAUUGAGUUUAUUACAGCUACAAUGCACAGACACAGAUUAGAAAGGGAGGAAAAUCUCUACAAAGCUUUCCAAUAUUUCGAUAAAGAUAGUAGCGGCUUCAUAACAAGAGAUGAACUCGAAGCUGCUAUGCAAGAACACAAUGUGGGUGACCAAUCAACCAUUAAAGAUAUCAUCGCUGAAGUCGACACCGAUAAUGAUGGAAGAAUUAACUAUGAAGAGUUCUGUAACAUGAUGAGAACCGGAUCAACACAACAGCAAGGCAAUCUAUUGACAACCUAAUAACCUGCGUGAAGAAUCGUCUGCCAGAAAUUGUGCCAUAUGUUUGCAUGUUUCGAUUUUGUUUUCAUAUUUAUUUAUGAUUUUUUUUUUGUAUUCAUUUAUUACACAAGAAAGGGAUGUACACAUACUCGUUACAAUAUAUUGGCUUCAUUACACUGUGUAAACACGAAACUAACAGUUCCGAACUAAAA